AUGUCAGACAUUUGCCUUGUGAUUCUCUCUGUUCUUUUCCCGCCACUUCCCGUGUGGAUCAGAAGAGGCAUCUGUUCAUCAGACUCCUUGAUCAAUAUUUUGCUCUGUAUUCUCGGAUACUUCCCUGGUUUGAUCCACUCUUGGUACAUCAUCGCCAAGUACCCACCUUACACCAUCAACCACGAGUCCAAGGUGUACUAUGUGUACCAGAAUUCAUCUGACUUGGAAAGAGGUAGAGGAGGUCACAACGGAAGUCACAACCACCACCACCACCAUCACCAUACACACAACUACAAUACCACCGUGAACUCAGAGCCAUUGAAUCCUACAUCGCCAACUUAUGGAGCCACUAACGAGGCUCAGGAGGGUAGUUCUGCUGCUUUGGGAGCACCUCCAGCAUACACAGAAUUACCUCAGAAGUAG